CAAGAGAGUCUGGUGUCUGGUUUCUCUCCGGCUCUCUCCCUCGCAACGGUUGUAGCGGUGUGAACAACCGGUCAUCCAAGUACGACGAGAAAAUCCGGAGGCAUCGUCGAGCAUCAUCACGUUGAAGGCUCGAUCGAGAGUAUGGACUCUCGGAGACUUUUAUCGAGAGCAUAAAGCCCUCCAUUCAUUUAUUAAUUAUUCGAAAGAUCAAUCAAGCAAUAGGAAAACGCAACGAUCUAGUAGGCCAAGAUGUAUCUGUACAAUCUGACCCUCCAACGUGCCACGGGCAUCACGCACGCAGUGCACGGUAAUUUCUCCGGCAGCAAAAUGCAGGAGAUCCUCGUCUCCCGUGGUAAAUCGUUAGAGUUGCUGCGACCGGAUCCGAAUACGGGAAAAGUCCACACUCUGUUGACCGUCGAGGUUUUCGGCAUUAUUCGAUCUCUCAUGGCGUUCAGACUUACCGGCGGAACGAAGGAUUAUAUUGUCGUUGGAUCAGAUUCUGGGCGUAUAGUAAUAUUAGAGUAUAUUUCUGCCAAGAACAUCUUUGAGAAGGUACAUCAGGAGACUUUUGGCAAAAGUGGAUGUAGACGCAUCGUUCCUGGCCAAUAUCUUGCCAUCGAUCCAAAAGGAAGAGCAGUUAUGAUAGGUGCUAUCGAAAAACAGAAACUUGUGUACAUUCUUAACAGAGACGCCGAGGCCCGUCUUACAAUCUCUUCUCCAUUGGAAGCUCAUAAGAGCAACACACUAGUUUAUCAUACAGUUGGUGUCGACGUUGGUUUCGAGAAUCCUAUGUUUGCGUGUUUAGAAAUUGAUUACGAGGAAGCCGACAGCGAUCCCACGGGUGAUGCAGCAGUGAAAACGCAGCAAACUCUUACGCUGUAUGAGCUUGAUCUUGGUCUGAACCACGUAGUGCGGAAGUACAGUGAGCCAUUAGAAGAACACGCUAACUUCCUCGUGUCUGUACCUGGCGGUAAUGACGGCCCAAGUGGUGUGCUCAUUUGCUCCGAAAACUAUCUUACAUACAAGAAUCUCGGGGAUCAGCAUGACAUACGUUGUCCGAUCCCGCGACGCCGUAAUGAUUUAGACGAUCCCGAGAGAGGAAUGAUAUUUGUGUGUUCGGCUACACAUAAAACAAAGAGCAUGUUCUUCUUUUUGGCACAGACGGAGCAGGGUGAUAUCUUCAAGAUUACUCUCGAAACGGACGAAGACAUGGUCACUGAGAUCAAGCUGAAGUACUUCGAUACUGUACCCGUAGCAGCGAGUAUGUGCGUCUUGAAAACGGGAUUCCUGUUUGUCGCCUCGGAAUUUGGAAACCAUUAUCUGUAUCAAAUAGCGCAUCUCGGAGACGACGAUGAUGAGCCCGAAUUCAGUUCAGCGAUGCCGUUAGAAGAAGGAGACACUUUCUUCUUCGCCCCGCGACCGCUUCGAAAUCUAGUAUUGGUCGAUGAAAUGGACAGUCUGUCGCCCAUAAUGGCUUGCCAGGUAGCAGAUUUGGCGAACGAAGAUACGCCGCAAUUGUACAUCGCUUGCGGACGAGGACCGCGGUCCACAUUGCGAGUGUUACGCCACGGUCUCGAAGUUUCUGAGAUGGCCGUGAGCGAGCUGCCUGGUAAUCCAAACGCUGUUUGGACCGUGAAAAGAAGAAUCGAUGAGGAAUAUGAUGCAUACAUCAUAGUCUCCUUCGUGAACGCCACACUCGUACUCAGUAUCGGCGAGACUGUCGAGGAAGUGACGGACUCGGGUUUUCUCGGUACAACACCGACCUUGAGUUGCUCCGCCUUAGGCGAGGACGCAUUGGUGCAGGUAUAUCCUGACGGUAUACGUCACAUCCGAGCGGAUAAGCGUGUUAAUGAAUGGAAGGCACCUGGCAAGAAGACGAUCGUAAAAUGUGCAGUCAAUCAACGUCAAGUUGUGAUCGCCCUCACUGGGGGAGAACUAGUCUACUUCGAGAUGGAUCCUACCGGACAAUUGAACGAAUAUACGGAAAGAAAAAAGAUGCCCUCGGAAGUAAUGUGCAUGGCCCUCGGAAACGUUGCAGUUGGCGAGCAACGUUCAUGGUUCCUUGCUGUCGGUCUGCAGGAUAAUACAGUGAGGAUAAUAUCGUUGGAUCCCUCAGAUUGUCUAGCUCCAAGAAGCAUGCAGGCGUUACCAGCAGCUGCGGAGAGUUUAUGCAUCGUGGAAAUGGGCGCCAAAGAUGCCGACAAUUCCGAGGAUGCGGCGCCACAGCAAUCCAGUUUGUACCUGAAUAUAGGUUUGCAGAACGGUGUGUUGCUUAGAACUGUAUUAGAUCCUAUUUCCGGAGAUCUCGCAGACACAAGAACACGCUACCUAGGCUCUCGGCCCGUGAAGCUCUUCAGAAUACGAAUGCAGGGUAAUCAGGCGGUGUUGGCGAUGAGCAGCCGGUCCUGGCUGAGUUAUUAUCACCAGAAUCGUUUUCACUUAACGCCCCUAUCAUACGAGAGUCUUGAAUUCGCGUCGGGCUUCAGUUCCGAGCAAUGUCCAGAGGGUAUCGUCGCCAUAUCGACAAAUACACUGAGGAUCUUGGCGCUCGAGAAACUAGGGGCCGUGUUCAAUCAAGUGAGCUUCCCACUGGAGUACACUCCGAGGAAGUUCGCGAUUCAUACAGAUUCUGCGCACUUAGUAGUCAUCGAAACGGAACAUAAUGCUUACACGGAGGAGACAAAGCAACAGAGAAGACAGCAGAUGGCGGAUGAAAUGCAAGAGGCGGCUGGCGCCGAGGAAGCGGCUGUCGCUAGAGAAUUGGCGGAAGCCUUCAUGUCGGAGGAGCCAAACGAGGCGGUUUUCGGUGCUCCGCGAGCUGGCCCGGGACUGUGGGCUUCCAUGCUGAGACUAAUGGCACCGACCACCGGGGAAACAUUCGAAGUGCAUCGUUUCGAGCAAAAUCUAGCCGCGUUAUGUCUUUGCCUCGUAAAAUUUGCUAAUCAAGGUGAUCAGCUGUUUCUCAUCGUUGGAGUCGCGAAGGAAUUUCAAUUAAAUCCUAGAGUUAGCAAUGGCGGUUUUCUUUACACAUACAAAGUAAAUCCAGAUUGUACCAGUAUUGAGCUACUGCACAAAUCUCCGUUAGAUGAAGUACCGUUAGCCAUUUGUCCGUAUCAAGGCCGAGUACUAGUCGGCGUGGGUAGAAUGUUACGGCUUUAUGAUAUGGGUAAAAAGAAAUUACUGCGUAAGUGCGAGAACAAGCAUAUUCCGAACGCAGUCGUAUCCAUAAACGCAAUCGGCCAACGGAUCUAUGUCAGUGACGUACAGGAAUCUGUAUAUGCAGUGAGAUACAAGCGUCAAGAGAAUCAGUUAAUUGUUUUCGCGGACGACACACAUCCUAGAUGGAUCACAACGACAUGCGUAUUAGAUUACGACACCGUCGCCACCGCCGACAAAUUCGGAAAUAUAGCUGUGAUACGAUUAGCGACUGGCAUUAAUGACGAUGUGGAUGAAGAUCCUACCGGAAACAAGGCUUUAUGGGAUAGAGGAUUGUUGAAUGGCGCCAGUCAAAAAGCGGACACAGUGGCGUGUUUCCACGUCGGCGAGACAGUGAUGUCAUUGCAGAAGGCGACUCUCAUACCCGGUGGUUCCGAGAGUUUGGUUUACACGACCCUAAGUGGAACAGUAGGUGUGCUCGUGCCAUUCACAAGCCACGAGGAUCAUGAUUUCUUCCAGCAUCUGGAAAUGCACAUGCGAUCAGAGCACCCUCCUCUGUGUGGCAGGGAUCAUCUGUCCUUCCGAUCGUACUAUUACCCUGUAAAAAAUGUCAUCGACGGUGAUCUCUGUGAACAAUUCAACUCGAUCGAGCCUACUAAACAGAAGAGCAUCUCUGGCGAUCUCGAGAGAACACCGUCCGAGGUGUCAAAGAAGCUAGAGGACAUACGUACGCGUUACGCUUUCUAAACUUUUCAAGAACUAUGUCUUUCGACGUGCUAUUUUUUCAUAGAACCUGUGUUUCUAAUAUAUAGAUCUUGAAAAAUUAUGGAUUCUAUUUUAGUCGUUCUUUUUGCAUAAUAUUGAAUUAAUGUGAUGCAUCUUUUUUUCAUUGAUCCAAUCAUGCAAAUUAAAUUCUGUUACGUACGUCGUAAUCGCAUUCAAAACUGUGUAAAAAUUCAAUAUUUUCUACAUGAGUGAUAGCUUUAUUAUAUAGACAUAAACAUAAUUUUUAAGAUACGAGGUCUGUUCAAAAAGUAUCGCGAAUUUUGAAUUUCCGCGGGUUACGUAUAUUCGAUUUUCGAUUUUUUUGUGGCGUUAUGUUGAUACUCGUGUCUCUUACUUAUGCCGACAAGUUUGGCCAUUUUGAAUGUUCAGUUAAUUUUUGACAGCUGCUUUGCUUGCACGUGUUUUGGCUCGUUUUCGAUUUUUGCCUAUUCCAAAAAAUGGAUCAAAGAAUCUGUAUCAAAUUUUGUGUGAAAAACAAAAUUAAGUACGCGGACGCAUUCCGAAUGUUGAUUGUGGCAUAUGGUGAAGCUACCUUGGACCGAAGCAACGUUUAUCGGUGGUUCACAAAAUGUUCUCAGAGGGCCAAGAAGAUGUGAACGAUGAAGAGCGUGCCGGACGUCCGAGCACGUCAACAACAGACGAAAACAUUGAUGAAGUGAAGAAAAUAGUAUUGGCCAAUCGUCAAAUCACCGUUAGAGAAGUUGCUGAGGACUUAAACAUAUCGAUUGGCUCAUGCCAUUUGAUUUUUACCAAUGAUUUGGGCAUGAGACAGGUCGCCGCGAAAUUGGCUUUUGCACCAUGAUAAUGCACCUGCUCACACAUCGUUGCUUGUGCGCGAAUUUUUGGCCAAAAACAACACACUAAUGAUGCCGCAGCCACCGUAUUCCCCAGAUCUGGCCCCCUGUGACUUUUUCUUGUUCCCGAAACUGAAGAGGCCCAUGAAAGGACGACGCUACGCUACGAUUGAGGAGAUAAAGACGGCAUCGAAGGAGGAGCUGAACAAGAUCACAAAAAAUGAUUUUUCAAAGUGCUUCGAGAAUUAGAAAAAACGUUGGCACAAGUGUAUAAUAUCUGAUGGGGAUUACUUUGAAGGGGACAAAAUAGAUAUUCAUGAAUAAAUAAAUAAUUUUUGAAAAAACACAAAAUUCGCGAUAGUUUUUGAACAGACCUCGUAUAUAUGUUAGCAUCAAGAUGUAAUGUAUAUUCAAUUUCUUUUAAGCAACUGUCAGUAAUGGAAAAAAAUAACAGUAUUUUAAUAGCUUUAGGGCGACUCAUAUAAACUUUUUGUAUUUCCAUAACAAUUAGCGUAUCGCUAUAAAAAUUUCGAGACAUUAAUUCAUAAGUGUGAAAAUCAGAUUUAGCUUUUCGUUAUGAAUAGACUUUAAUUCAUAUUGUGUAUCACACGACUGUAGAUAAAUGUAAUGACGUCAUUUCAUCACUAUGUAAACCGUAUAGAAACUAACACAUUACCAUGUUUAAAUUGCAUCAGCGAAGCAAUCAAAUUGCAUCAAUGAAGCAAUUAAUUUCCGCUUAUUGUGGUCUUGCAAAUUUGCACAUUAAAUCAUCCUCCGAAUCUAAUCAAUUCAUCGCCUAAUAUUGAUUUGUACAUCCGCCCAUCAUCUUUGAAUAUAUUUAUUAAAAGGAAA